AUGCAGGGCAAGGUCGCCGAGCUGCGCCUCGAGUUGAACAGCGGCGGCAAGAAGGACAAGAACUUUACCCAGAAGAAGAUCGCCCUCAAGAAGAUCGUCGCCAACAUGACCAUGAGCAACAACGAGAUGGUCUCGCUCUUCCCCGACAUCAUCGCCUGCAUGCAUAUACAGAGUUUGGAGAUCAAGAAGAUGUGCUUCUUGUUCCUGGUCAACUACUCGAGGAUGAAGCCUGAGAUCGCCGUCAAGGCAAUUCCGGUGCUGGAACAGGACAUGCAAGAUUCAAACCCGCUGGUCAGAGCUCUGGCUCUGCGAACCAUGUCGUACGUCCAUGUGCGGGAGUUUGUGGAGGCUACUGUCCCACUGGUCAAGCACAUGCUCAGAGACUCGGACCCGUAUGUCCGGAAGACGGCUGCCUACUGUGUCGCCAAGCUCUACGACCACGAUAAGCACAUGGUGGAGCGGUCAGACUUGAUAGAGAGGUUGAACUCGUUACUCAGGGACGACAAUCCGACGGUCGUGGCUAGUGCGCUCGCCGGCCUGAUGGACAUCUGGGAGAGGAGCGAUGCGAUCAAGCUCACUAUCGACUACAGCAAUGCCUCCAAGAUGGUGGCUAUCCUUCCGGACUGUUCGGAAUGGGGUCAAACAUACAUCCUCGAGGCCUUGAUGUCCUACGUCCCGCAAGAAUCAGGGGAAGCCACUUUGUUGGCCGAACGGAUAGCGCCGCGGUUGUCGCACUCGAAUUCCGCAGUAGUCCUGACCUGCAUUCGGGUGAUUCUCUACUUGCUGAACUACAUCGAGAACGAGAAGCACGUUGCUGCGUUAUGCCGCAAGUUAUCGCCGCCCCUGGUCACCUUACUUGCCAAGGGCCCCGAGGUCCAGUAUCUCGCACUACGAAAUGCCCUCCUGAUUCUGCAGAGGAGACCUGAAGUACUACGCAAUGAUAUUCGCGUCUUUUUCUGCAAAUACAACGACCCGAUUUAUGUCAAGGUCACGAAACUGGAGCUCAUCUUCAUGCUUGCAAACGAGAAGAACAUCGACGAGGUUCUCACCGAAUUGCGCGAGUACGCAACCGAGGUCGAUGUCCAUUUCGUCCGCAAAGCUGUACGCGCCAUCGGAAAGUUGGCCAUUAAGAUUGAGCCCGCUGCCAGGCGGUGUAUCAACCUUCUCCUAGAGCUGGUCGCUACCAAGGUCCCUUACAUUGUGCAAGAAGCUACCGUGGUUAUCCGAAAUAUUUUCCGCAAGUAUCCCAACCAGUACGAAUCCAUCAUCGGUACGCUCUGUGAGCACCUGGACUCGCUUGACGAGCCUGAGGCCAAGGCAGCCAUGGUCUGGGUUAUUGGCCAAUACGCUGCGCGCAUCGAGAACUCGGACGCUCUGCUCGAAGACUUUUUGUACUCGUUCGCUGAGGAGCCCGUCGAGGUCCAGCUUGCUCUCCUGACGGCAACUGUGAAGCUCUUCAUCCAGCGCCCCACGAAGGGGCAGGACUUAGUCCCCAAGGUCCUGAAAUGGGCUACGGAAGAGACUGACAACCCUGAUCUGCGAGAUCGUGCGUACAUGUACUGGCGACUACUGUCGUCAGAUAUGAGCAUCGCCAAGCAAAUUGUCAUGGGUGAGAAACCACCCAUCACAGCCGAGUCCGAGAAGCUUGACCCGCAGACACUCGAGGAGAUGUGUCUCAACGUCGGCACACUCGCCACCAUCUACCUCAAGCCGGUCCAGACCGUCUUCCGGUCUGCCAGGCCACGUCGUUUGACAGACAGCCCUGCACUGCAAAAGGAUAAGUUGCCAACAAGCCAGAACCUACCACAGUUCGAGAACCAAAAGCAUCUCAGCAUGUUGGGCAUGGGAGGACAGCCCGCCGUCGUGCGAACGUCAAAUCAAGGCGGACUAGCAGGCUUCGACGGUGACAACUUCAAUGGCCAGCCCGCAAACGGGAACGGCGGCGAUCUGAAUCAAGCUGUUAACGAUGCCGAUGCCUACUUUGCUGGCUUGGGCUCGCAGCAGAUGGCCGCCAUGGGCAUCCACGAUGCCCAGGAUGCAUUUGGCGGGAAUGGAAACGAGGCCGGCUACGUCGUGAACCAGUAUGCCCCACAACAAGUUUUCAGGCCGGCGCAGGGAGGCGGCAGCAACGGAGAUCUGUUGAUGCUCUAG